AUGGAACAUUCUGGUGUUGUUGUUUCUCCGCGAACGAGUAUACUUAUUCAGGGUGGGGUUUCUCAUCAUCAACUACAAGCAGCAUCAAUAGAUAAUUCAACAGUUCUCUUUGAGGGAAUAAGGAGGCCUCAAAAUGAAGUUUUCGAUGGAAGUAGUAUAGUGGAGAGUGAGACAAGUCAUCAGACGGGACGAUCUUCAUCAAUCACUUCGUCAAUCAUGAGGAAUGGACAACAGGCAAUCUUUACAUUCAUCUCAUCAAUGAAAGAUAGAAAACAGAGGAGAGGAUGGAAACAGCUUUUAUUAUCUGUUGCGUAUAAUUUGUAUAUAUUGUGGACUAGUGUUUGGGUCUCAACGUUGGGAUCUUUUAAUUUUGGAGAGUAUGGAGAGUGGGUUUUUCGUGCUCUCAAUUAUCCAAUUACACUCUCAUUGGAUUUAGUACCCUAUGAUGCUAUGGUUGUUAUCACUAGUUUGGUCAUUACCAUUUGUUUUAUAGCCAUGUUGGUGGUCAUGUUCUCCGCUUGGGGAGUUUUUAAAGCUAGUAAGCACAUGGAGAAACUGAAGAAUCUAUUACUAUUUGUUGGCUUUUUCAUGAAUGGGUUAUCAAUGAUAUUUGCCUUUAUUUUGACAAGUUUUAUCGAAUGUGAUUAUUCAAAGACAGUAUACUUUGAGGAGAUUGAUAAUUCAGAUUAUGCAUUGCAGAGAUUUUCUAGUGUGAGAUGUUUUGGAAAUUCAAAUUUAACUCUUUAUGCAUUCUCAAUUGUUGCCUUCAUCACUUUGUGCAUUAGUAUAAUGGCGACACGUUUUAGUUUUUCUCCUACAUGGGAUAGCUCUCUUGUUUUCAAACCGGUUUAUGAUUGGCCUUUAACAUUCUUCUCCAUCACGAAUAUUUCACAAGUGUUCAUUAUUUUCUUUAUACCCUCUCAAAAAGUUUUUGGGAGAGCAAUUGUGCAUUUGGUCAUGUCUAUUUCAUGGUUUAUUCCUUUGUUUCUAUCUCUUCCAUUCCAAAAGUCUUGGGAAAAUUCGAUUUAUUCAGGAAUUGCAGGAGCAAAAGUUGGAGGUGCCAUUGGAUCAUUAAUAUCUUCUUUAACUAACACUUCAGUGAAAUGGGAUUUUGGAUUGGGAAUGAUGGGUCUUACCUUAGGGUUGAUUGUCAUUGGAUUCGUUGGAGGAAUUAUAGCUAUGGAAGCUUACAUUAGAAUUAUCAAGAGAAGAAUUGGACAGAUUAUUCUCACACAAGGUGGGCAAUAUGAGGAUUUGAGUUCUUCUAAAGAAUCAAAUCUUAUAAAGAGUCUUUCUAAUGAGACUAUACGAAGUCUCAUUGAAAAGAAAGCCACCUCAAUACUAGUUUACAUUUCAGAAAAACAACUAACAAAUCAACUGAAUAUUUUUCUCCGUUUUAGCUUCUCAGUUGAUAUUAUUCGUAAGAGAGCAACAAAUUAUGAGGAAAAACCAAAGGAUCCAAAUAGCUCACUCACAGAUACUGACAUGGCUCUGGCACUCAUUAAGGGGGCUCAUAGUAGUAGAGUUUUGGCAAAUCCAAUAACCUUAUAUUUUGCCACAUUAUUGGUCUAUUACUGCAUGACAGAGGAGAGAGCCACAAAUUAUUCCCUCUCACUAAUGACAAAACUAAGUAGAAUAAGUACAUCACUCACUGACAAGAUUGCUUGUCAUGAUUUGAUGAAGGAAAUUAACAAGAAGGAGAACAAACCAGUUGUCGCUAUCCAUACCGAUGCAGAACAACUUGCCUCUCGUUUAGACUCCAAACUGAAAGAAUUCAAAGCACUCCAUAGAGAAUUCUUCAAGGAAAUGAUGAAUGAUAUUGUGAAUGUGGAAACAUUAGAAAUCAUCAAUACACAAUGCACAGCCAUCAUGAAUGAUUUGGACACUGCAUUUUCAAACAGACUCUCAGCUUUCAAGAUGAACAAGUCCUUCUUGAGAAUUUAUGCAAGAUAUUUGGAAGAGGUCAAGUUCGAUUCAGAAACUGCAAAUGAAUUCUACUCUGAAGCACACGAGCUUGAAGAGGAAGAAGCAGCAAACUUGUUAAGAAAAUCAAAGAAGGCAAAACGAGUGGAAGCAAUGAAAACUUCUGCAGUAGGAGGGGAGAGUAUCGCCUUUCUUGAGGGCUUGUAUAAUAAUAGGGCGAAUGAUAAAUCUGUAGAAGUGGAUUUGGAUGAUAUAUCAGAGAAUGUACUUUUGAAUGGUGUGGAGGAAGAUCCAAGUUUAAAGAGAGAUCAAAAAUUCAAGAUGGCUCUUGCACAACCAAUUGGACACGAGUUCAAUAUUUGUCUUGCCUUAUGUUUUUGCCUUCUUUCUGCAGCUUUCCUGAUUUGUGCGGCAGUAUUGAGUUUGGUAUUCUCUGAUGGAGUGUUAGCUGAUGUGAAAUUCGUUCAGCAAGUUUGCGAGCCAACAGUUUCAAGUUAUGCAAUUUUCAAACAGAUUAGAAAUCAGCAAAUAGUGUUGCAGAUGAGUCAGUCUCAAAAUUCAGUUUCGCUCCAGAAGGCACUUCCUCAAAUUUAUCAUGAAAUGGUAUUAUCAUUGGAACAGAGUGAUCAAUCGGUGGAGAAAAUUACUGAAUUAUUGAAGGAAAGGGUUGAUUUCUACGUUGAACACAUUGAGCAUGUUAAACUAAUGUCACAAGGAAAAAAGAUUGGAAAGUUCACACCUGAAAUGUAUGACGACUACAAUGGAGAAACAAAAAAGCUCUAUCUUCCAACUGUAAACAAAAGAAGCAGUGGAUAUUAUGACAGUUUCAUUGUAAAAAAUGUUUCACUCUCAGAAAUAUCCUCCAUUCUUAUGCACUUGGUGGAGUCCUAUCCUAGUAGUGGUUUCAAUUCUACAGUUGAUGUUUACAACUUUAUGAUUCUCUAUCUCAAUUACAAUAGUUUUACAAAUGCUUUUGUAGAAAUUUGCUUUGAUUUCAUUGAAAGAUGCAAGGUAAAUGCGAACACAUUUACAAAUGAUUACUUGUACUUUUUCGUGAGCAUUGGUGGAGUCUAUGUUAUCUGUGCUGUUUCUUUCCUUUUGUACAUGAAGAUUUUCUUUUCUCAGAUUGGAAGAACUCUGAAAACUUACGAGAAGAACAUCAAGAAGGAGCUCAUCUCGAAUAUUUAUACCGAAUUGGGAAAGUACACACACAGUAACUCGUCUCAAUUUUUGAACACCUUCAACAGGAAGAGAAAUAUGCUUCGAUAUUUAAUUUUCAUUGUUAUGGCUCUUGCUUCCUUAUUAUGUGCAUCUAUGAUGUUUGCCGAGUUGGUAUUGAAUUCAGAAUUGGGUUACUCUACCAUGCUGAGUGUCAAACAAACAACAGAGACCCUUGUUUUGACUCAGAAUAUUGGAUUCAAGAUGGGUGAAUUGACUUUCAGUAAUUUACCGAGCUCACUUUUCAAUUCAAAAACUCUGUUCAAUGACUCAGCCUUAAAUUUAUUCAAAGACGAUAUCCGAUUCAAUGUAACAGAUCUUAGAUCUACAUAUAAUGACAUGAUUUAUGGAAAGAUUGGAGUCUCACCUUCCAUUUUGGGAAUAGUACCAAGAAUUGAUGAAAUUAUCACCACUAAAGCUUGUGAAAACUGCUCCAGCUUGGAAUCUAUUGUAGAUGAAUUCGUGGUGAGUUGUGUAAAGCUAAAUGAAGACUUGAUGAAGAAUAUUUACUCAGAUUCUCAAUUAUUGGAGAAACAUUUCCAAAUUGAUGAGUUGGCACAUACCAUUAGUAUAGUCUUGCUGGAAUUCCUCGCAUUAUUCACCAUCACUCGUUCCACUCCUUCUGUCUCAAUGGUAAUUGUUUUUGGAGUGCUUGGUGCUAUCUGCAUUGUUUCAAUCUUUUUAAUGUUGAGAAGUAUUUUCAAAUCACAUUCGAAAAAUACGGAACACAUGAGAAUGCUUUUAAACUAUGUUCAAUAUGAAGAGUUGGAAUUAUCUGAUGAGCUAAGAGAGUACGUACUCUAUGAGAAACUUCCAAGUAGAUCACUUUUUGGAAAGAAGAAGAAUAUUUCUAAAGGAACAGGUGAUGAAUCCAAAGUGAGAAAUAUUCUCAAUUCUGUUGUUGACGGAGCAGUUCUUUGCAAUAGUGCAUGUGAAAUUGAAAUUUUCAAUCCAGCAGCCCAGAAAAUGUUCAAUUGCAAACAAAGUGAUACCCUUGGUACUUCACUCACAAGUCUCUUCGACAGGAACAAUAGAGACGAGCUGAGCCGAUUAAUCUCCGAAUUAAUUCAAUCAACUCUCACCACAAAGGAAUCUCAAGGUGAAACUGUAGAUUUAGAUUGUUUGAGAAAGAAUCAAACUAAAUUUCCAGCAAAGGUCAAUUUAUUUUCCACACUCUUUGAUAACAAGCCUGUUAUUACUUGUUUCAUUAAGGACGUGACCAAUGACAAGAAACAACUCGCUCUCUUGGCUGAAGAAAAGAAAAAGUCUGAAAACUUGUUAAGAUCCAUUUUACCAGAGAGUGUCGCAAGUAGAUUGAAAUCUGGAGAUACAUUUAUUGCAGAAAAGUUUGAUGACAUGACUUGUUUCUUCUCUGAUAUGGUCGGUUUCACGAAAAUGUCCUCAACUCUUAAUCCAACUCAAUUGGUUGGCAUGUUGAAUAAUGUAGUGAAUGGCUUUGAUGCCCUCAUUGACAAACACAAUUUGGAAAAGAUCAAGACCAUUGGUGAUGCCUACUUUUGUGUGGGUGGAAUCAAGCUCUCAGAAAAGGAUGACCAUCCAGAAAGAACACUCAAAUUUGCCAUAGACGUUUUUCAGGUGGUGAGAUCUUACAAUGAGGAACAUCGACUAGAAUUUGGGCAUCAGAUCAAUAUUAGAAUUGGUUUGAAUACUGGAGAAUCUGUAGCUGGUGUAAUUGGAACAAAAAAGUUUGCCUACGACUUGUGGGGUGAUGCUGUUAAUACAGCAUCUAGAAUGGAAUCGACAUCACUUUCAGGAAGGAUUCAAAUUUCACUAUCAACUUAUGAAAGAGUGAAGCAUAUUGGAUUUGAAUUUGAGGAAAGAAGUGUCGAAGUUAAAGGAAAAGGGUUAUGCAACACGUAUCUGUUGUCAGAUAAGCACCAUGUAAAAGCAGUUGUUGAAGAUGAGAUUUUUGAAUAA